CUGACCGAAAUCGAGAGGGUGGGAGAAAGGAGAAAAACUUUCCUCUGCAAUCUAGAGAGAGAAAAUUAUUGAACCUCCAUUUUCUCUAUCCUUUAUCUCUCUCUCUCUCAGAUAUGUUGAAGGUUCCUUGCAAUGUGACUGACCAAAUCCAUGUCCUCUCCCAAUGUAGAUUCCUUCCACCAUCUGCACCACUGUUCUCCUCCUUCCGCCGGCGAAACGCUGCCACUCGGUGUGCGUCGUUGACCAGACCUCCGGUUGUGGCCGCACUUGUCUCCGAUAAAGGUGAACCUUGUGUUCAGAGUGGUUCUGGAAGCUUGGCGGACCGCCUUCGCCUUGGAACCUUGGUUGAAGACGGAUUGUCUUAUAAGGAGAAAUUUAUUGUGCGGUGUUACGAGGUUGGAAUCAACAAGACCGCCACUGUUGAAACUAUUGCUAAUCUCUUGCAGGAGGUUGGUUGCAACCAUGCUCAGGGUGUUGGGUUUUCCACAGAUGGUUUCGCCACAACCCCCACCAUGAGGAAAUUACAUCUCAUAUGGGUAACCGCACGCAUGCACAUUGAAAUUUACAAAUAUCCAGCGUGGGGUGAUGUGGUUGAAAUUGAGACAUGGUGUCAAGGGGAAGGGAGAAUCGGAACUAGACGUGAUUGGAUACUUAAAGAUUAUGCCACUGGUCAAGUUAUAGGAAGAGCAACAAGUAAGUGGGUGAUGAUGAACCAAGACACUAGACGACUCCAGAAAGUCAGCGAUGAUGUUCGUGAUGAAUAUUUGGUUCAUUGUCCAAGAGAUCUCAGGCUAGCAUUCCCGGAGGAGAAUAAUAGUAGCUUGAAGAAAAUUCCAAAACUUGAAGACCCUGGUCACUAUUCCAGACUUGGACUAAUGCCUAGGAGGGCAGAUUUGGACAUGAAUCAGCAUGUCAAUAACGUCACCUACAUUGGAUGGGUUCUGGAGAGUAUGCCUCAAGAAACCAUCAAUAGCCAUGAACUUCAGACAAUUACAUUAGACUAUAGACGAGAAUGCCAACAAGACGAUCUCGUGGAUUCCCUUACAAGUGUGGAGGAAGUCGAGAAUGGUGGCAAUGAAGCAGUUUCAGAGCUCAAUGGAUCAAAUGGCUACAUUUCCAGUGACAAACAAGAUAGCCGUCAAUUUUUGCAUCUACUAAGGUUGUCCAGUGAUGGACUUGAAAUCAACCGAGGACGCACUGUGUGGAGGAAGAAACAACAGAGAUGAGGGUAAUAGGUCUGUGAUCGAUAUUAUGUGAUAAGUUUAGCUUUCUUUUGUGUCCACUUUUAUCACUUUCCUCCUUUCAAAUUUUGUUUUUGUUUCUGUCAAACUGUUGGUUGUAGAACUAUGAAGUGUGGAGUCUAGAAUCAGUCUAAUAGAGUCAGCAAGUUGAAUGUAUGUACUAUGAACAGGAUAUAAUCAUCUUCCCCUUGACAUGUCUGAUUUGUGUUGUGAUGUAAAAUUUGUUAGCAGGCAAUAAGAACCAAGAAUGGAUUCUUUCUGA